UCAACUUUAUUGGACUUUACUGCCAUGGGGAAAAAAAUUAGUGGUUUGUCAGUGGUAGCACGUUAGUAUUAGUAUUAUUAUUAAUAAAAAUUAGUAGUGUUAUUAUCUCUUCACUUAAUUAGCUUAAAGUUAAGAUAAUGUUAGUUUAGUUAAGGAACUCCAAAAAUAGCUUGCUUACUAAGUUAUUGACAUUUGUUAGCCAAGCAGUUAACGUUAGCUUAACCUUUUACAUUGUAAGCCAAGCAAACAUCAAAUAAGAGCAAAACUACAACUGUUAACCUACAAUAAACUCAAUAACUGAACUCACCAAAUUCAAAAAGGAGGCUGUCAAUAGUAUUAAGUGAAAUUUCGUUCAUUUUUGCACCAGCCUGAGUUCAGCCACAUUAGCAGACUCCUGUAACGUUACCAACUGUCAACGGCCACUUUCUCGACGGCAUUCCCAACAGCAAGGUUGCACAGAUUUAUGGGCGUGGAAACAAACCACGCUUGUGGGUCGUACGCAUGCGCAGAACCGCUAAAUUGCACUUCUCGAUAGGUAGCAUAAAUCGACAGCACACCUGGCUGCUGCUGCUGUCAACGGUUCAAACGUUCACCCUUUCAGCAUAGAAGAAACGUCGCGUUAUUCGUUCAACUCUGUGAUCUUAUGGAUGGAGUAACAAGGUAUUCAUAUUGUAACAUGUUAUUUUAUUUAAGAGAACCUGGAUAUAUGGGUUAUUAUUUAGUUACAUGUCAAUUGGAUGAACUGAACAGUAGAGUGACCAUGACUGUACCCCCCCCCAACACUGAAUGACUGAAUAAAUGAAAAAUUAUUGUGCAUUUUGGUUUAUAUGAAAACAUGUAAGUGUCAGUAGCCUAAUAUAAAUAGUGAAAUGUUGUGUAACUUAAUCAUAGCCAAUAUUCAACUGAGGGAAUGCAUACUUUAAGUUACACAAUUAAAAAAAAAAUACACUUCAUUAUAUGAUUUUAAUUUCUUUUUAGUUGACAUAUAGCCUAUCAUUUCUGUUAUUCUCUGGGACAGUGCUUUUCAUAGACAUAGAUGGAUGUUUUGGUCCAUCUUUUUUCCCCUCAUGUUCACAUGACGGCAGUUAGGAUCCUGGAUGGCUGGCAGAGGAUAGAUGGGCGGGUUUUGUGCUAUUCUGGAAAUCAUUUUGCGUAGCGCAUCUGUAUCAGCGAAAAACAGCGCUGUGACGUGUGGGCUCCCGAGAUGUGUCAGGCAAAUGCAGCGAUUUAUCCUCACACUGUAUAGUUUAUCUACCCGGUGCUUGUCCAACCUAUUGAAGGUGUUCAGCAGCGGACAUCUUCCUUAGAUUGAAAACAAUGGGCGGACAUUGCUUGUGCUGCUCAGGACUGCACUAUUAGCCUCCAUAAAUAACCCAUUAAAAGUAGCUUAAGAGUCAAAGAGUUUACUGGGUCAGGUGAGAGCAUGGCACAGGUAGAGGAGCCUCAAACGGAAGGAGAGGGCAGCCCCCAGAUGAUCUCUUUAAGGUCAGACGUAUCAGGGAACCAUGUGGACGACGGAGAAGUGGGACCCUCCAUAAGGAGGAAGAGGAGGAAGAAGAAAGACCCACGUCCAGAGUCCAUUAUUGUGUACCGCUCUGAAAUGGAGAGGGCGCCUGGAGAGGACCAAGGUGGUGAGGAGGGAGCAGAAAGGAGCGCAGAGGAGGGAGCUAAAUUCCUCUCUACACCUACAGGCGAAGGAGGAGGCUGGAGCCUUCCUCCAGAUAGCCGCUAUGUAACCCUGACUGGCACUAUCACGCGUGGGAAGAAAAAGGGUCAGGUGGUGGAUAUUCACCUCACUUUGACAGAGAAGGAACUCAGGGAUCUGGCUAAGUCAAGGGAACGUCUUGACGCCGAGUGUGAGGCAGGGGAAGGCUCUAAACGCACCUGCAGCUUAGGUGUGUGCGAGGGACCCCAUGUCGUCCUGUGGAGCAUCUCCUGUGCCCCUGUGGUUUUCCUCCUCUCCUUCAUCACCUCCUUCUACUAUGGCACUCUCACCUGGUACAAUGUCUUCCUGGUGUACAAUGAGGAGCGGACGUUCUGGCACAAGAUUACAAUAUGUCCCUUUCUCAUCAUCUUCUACCCCAUGCUCAUCAUGCCCAUGGCACUGUCUCUGGCUCUGUACUCCGCUGUGGUUCAGGUGUCCUGGGCAUUAAGUGAGUGGUGGCAGGCUGUGAGAGACCUGGAGAAAGGCUUCUGCGGCUGGGCCUGUGGGAAGCUGGGAUUGGAGGACUGUUCCCCAUAUAGCAUAGUAGAGCUGCUUGACUCUGAUACUGUUUCUGGCACUCUGCAGAGCAAGGCCCCCAGUGAACUCGCCCAGACAUCAUCAGUGUGAAGUGGGGGGGGAUGCACAGUGAUUCACCUAAGUGGUUAUGUUUGUCCAUUUUAUUUUAUUUUAUUUUUUUUACAUGUUAUGGUUGUUAAAGUUAUCCUCCAAUCACUGAAUCCUUAUUCAAAUACCUUUUGAUACAUGUGGGCUUUGGUUCCUCCUGUAGUAACGUUUAGGUAAACCAGCUGUGGACACUGAUACACACAUAGUUGGAGGCCUGGAAGUUAAACCAAGUUUCACUUUUGUCUGUAAAUAUCUGUAAUUAAGUGGAUGUGAUCACUGUGCUGUGCACAGACACAAAAAACAGCAUUCAUUUCAAAUGCAACACUGUCUUGUAUGACUGUGCAGCCAUCACAAUCACUCAGUGAAGUUGUUUUUGAAGCAAGGCUGGAUUACCAGUUGGAAAAAGUGGAAGGAUUUACUUUGUGGAAAUAUACUUGAUUACUAAUUUGAGGAAUAUGCUCCACUGACUAAAACAAUAAGCACCUUUAGAUGGGUACAACGUUUUGUAACAGGAUUCAGUGUCAGCAUCUACUUUAGUUUUUAAAGGAUAAAGCUGAUGUCCUUCAUAUUUAUCCUACUGUCAACAAAUUCCAUGAAAAGACCAAAACCGCUAAUGUAAUGUAUCAGUCCUACUCUCCAAGCCCACUAGUAGAUGUAAAUCUUUCAAAAAUAGGCCACAGAUAUAUAGUUUAAGGCUUAAAAGUUAUGGCCACUGUAGUUUUAAGCAAAUGUUUAACAGGGGUAAAUAGUACAUUUGUGGGGACUAUUUUCAGUUGGGGAUUAAUGCACAUUUAGUGCUCCAGUGAGUAUUUUUCAGCAUGUAUGUGGGAUUGAUUCAAAAUAAAUUACAGUGUUCAUAGUAAAGGAACAUGUCAUGAUGUGUCACGAUGUGGCUCGGAAGAGUAAGUUACUUCAGGCUUUGGAUACAUAGGAAAUGAUUUAUGAAUUAAGAAUGAUUUAAGAAUUAUUGUGAGCCAGGUUCAGGUGUGAUGAAGAAGUUUCGGAGACUGAUGAAGACUUUACAUGGUUUAUUGAGCCCGGCUGAGGAGAUAUAGUGCCGGCAUACAACAUGUGAAAACAUCAAAUUCCAACACCAAAUCUCAGGAUAACAUCUUUUGGUCACUUUUAUGUUUCUGUCUUCCCCCUAGUGCCUGUAACCUAGAACAACAAAUCUAUGUGAUGUUUAUUCUCCAAUGCUACAUCAUAUUGGAAUCUAUUACUACUCAUGAGUUGUACUCUAAUCUGUGGAGCCAGUGAGUUCUUGUAAACAUUGUAAGACUCAACCUUGCCAGAUUCCCAAGAGAACACGAUAUCUGCUAGCCUGAUGCCUGAGCUGCUGUCUCUACCUCAUCAGUCUAACGGUCGUCUCCCUAACAAGGACAGUUACACGAGAGAAAUAACUAGAGCUGGAAGGUCAGUGAACACUUGUGAGGUCAGCUAAUGACUGCAAGCUAGACCUGCCUUACCUUUCCCUGUUUCAUCAUCAAGUAAGCCCCCUAAGCAAUAUCUUUAACAGGAAAUACUUGUUAGAGGUAUUAAUCCACUAUUGAUUUAGGUCUUUUUAUGGGUUUUGCUAAAAAUUACAAACAUAUAGAAUAUUAACAGCCUUAUUCUUUUAAUACCUGUAUUCUUUCAUGUGAUAUAGUGUUUAAAUGGUGCAUAUUCCCUAAAAGAUUUAUAUUUCAUCAAAAAGUACCCAGGAAAUUAGUACUUGUUGGUUUUUGGGCUUCGAGCUAAUUAUAAUUAAGCUUCCAUGUGUAAACUGCAGUGUGCUUUCUACUUGAUGUACUUGUACAGCAGGUACAGAGAACAUAAACCACGUAUAAAGGGACAAAGGAGGAGGGAUCGGGGCCUAUGGCUUAUUUUCUUCGCCAGGACCCCCUGGCAGGUUGAUCCAGUCAUGAUGUGAAGCCAUAGUGAGGACAAGCUGACAAAUCAGACAUUUUUUUUCAAUGUCACAUACUAACAUACUAUUAAGGCACCAUCAACACAGAGGUGUGUGAUGUUACACUCUUUAGCUCUGCUUGUGUUGUCUUCACAAUUUUGGUUCACACGAGUAAACUGAGGUUGCCAGUAAUUUUCCAUCAGAGAGCUCCUACUACAUUUCCAUAUGGUUUAUGUUGAUUUAAUUUAUUUUAAAUAUUUAUGUCUAGUUCAUUGCCUGAAAUGUUUGUAGCUAGGGGUUUUACACUCUGGCACUUGAAGUAAAUGUAUUGUAAACAGCUAUCAUUAACUGAUUGAAAUACAUGGCGGAUUGGGGAUGGUUUAAAUACUUGGUGAUUUAAAUGUUUAUCAUUUGCCCUGGCUCGGUAAAACUAAUGCAUUUUGUUCCAUACAGAUGCAGACAUGAAUAAGUGGUUGUGGAUUGAGUCUGUUUUCCACAUUACCUGUUGUGAAACCACAGGAUUCAUAGUAAAGACUCACACAGAUGAAAAACCGUGUUAAAUCAUUACAUCGUCUAUAUUGUGAAAGAGGAACAGCAUCCUAUUUCGUGUUAUUAAAAGAGCAAUGCACAGCG